GCCGGUCGGCGGAGCCAGGACACCGCCGGGCUCCCGCCGCCUCCUUCCUCCUCCUGCUGCCGGGCUGAGCGGCGGGGUCCUCGGUAGCGUGACACAGAGCAGCCGCCUCCGCGCCCCUCUCCAUGGCAGGGAACUUCUGGCAGAGCUCGCACUAUUUACAAUGGAUUUUGGAUAAGCAAGAUCUGUUGAAGGAACGCCAAAAGGACUUGAAAUUUCUGACAGAAGAAGAAUAUUGGAAAUUGCAGAUUUUCUUUACUAAUGUCAUCCAGGCUUUAGGUGAGCAUCUUAAAUUAAGACAACAAGUUAUUGCCACUGCUACAGUCUACUUCAAGAGAUUCUAUGCCAGAUAUUCCCUAAAAAGUAUAGAUCCAGUAUUAAUGGCUCCUACAUGCGUGUUUUUGGCAUCCAAAGUAGAGGAAUUUGGUGUGGUCUCAAACACAAGGUUGAUUUCUGCUGCUACUUCUGUAUUGAAAACUAGGUUUUCGUAUGCCUUUCCAAAGGAGUUUCCUUAUAGGAUGAAUCAUAUAUUAGAAUGUGAAUUCUAUCUUUUAGAAUUAAUGGAUUGCUGUUUGAUAGUGUAUCAUCCUUAUAGACCUUUGCUCCAAUAUGUGCAAGAUAUGGGCCAAGAAGACAUGCUACUACCCCUCGCAUGGAGGAUAGUGAAUGAUACAUAUAGAACUGAUCUUUGUCUACUGUACCCUCCCUUCAUGAUUGCCCUAGCUUGCCUACAUGUGGCCUGUGUUGUCCAGCAGAAGGAUGCAAGGCAGUGGUUUGCUGAGUUGUCUGUUGAUAUGGAGAAGAUUUUGGAAAUAAUCAGGGUCAUUCUAAAACUGUAUGAACAGUGGAAGAACUUUGAUGAGAGGAAAGAAAUGGCUACUAUUCUUAGUAAGAUGCCUAAACCGAAACCACCCCCAAACAGUGAAGGAGAACAGGGUCCAAAUGGAAGUCAGAACUCCAGCUACAACCAGUCUUAAGACAUUCCAAAGAACUUUAUGGACCACUUUGGAUCAAGACAUACUGGGAUCUUAAUUGUGUUCAUGAAAUGGACCAAAGAUUUCAAUAAUGUCUUUGACCUAGAACUUGAAGAAUAAAUGGCUUGUUUCUAUCAAGCAUAUUGAAAGCUUUUUCUUUAAAACUGCAUCAACCCCUUUAACACUGGAACAACUGCAUUGGCAAGAUUCUCAAUGUAAGGAAUUCAAAAGUUUUGAACAGAGCUGCAAAAGAUUCACACAUGCACUUCAAUGUUGAUAGCUGAAUACUGUUUUGUUUGCUUUAAGAAAAACAUAGGUUGCCAUUAAAGUGAAGAUUUUUUAAAAGUACAGUAGUGAAGCCUGUAAAAUGUAACAAUAUUAAUGGCCCUGUGUCUUUAUCGUUAUUUGUUACUGAAGGAGGAUAGUGUAUACAUCUUUUAAUUGAUCUUUCCAUUUGUUUAUAGCUAAGGACUAAUAUGAAAACCCCUCACAGUCUUUCAGAAACAAAGGCUGUAAAAACCUGUAAAAAUGUUGCUAAUUUCAAUGGAAACAGUGCAGGGAAGAAGUUCCUCUUCUGGACUCAAGCGAUGCUGUUUUACUCAGUACACGUAGCUUGGAUAUUUUUCCACAAAAUGUAGUAGCCACGCUUACCAGAAAAGUGCAAUAUAAAAUGGGCAUUUGGGAAAAAAAGUUUUCUUCGCCAUUUUAAAUAUUAGGAAUAUUUAAAAGUUUAUAAAUUAUUUCAAGUACUAUACUGUGCAAUCCUCAAAUGGUUUAGAAUCAACUAACUUUUUUUAUUGUAGGUUUUUGGGGCGUGGGGGAGGGGGCUUACAAAAGGUAUACACUGUUAGUCUGCCUUCAUUGUUGUGAAUUUGAGUUUAUGUAGAAUUUUACUGAAAGGAACAAGCUUCAUUCUGGCUGUUUUAAAAUGUUACUUUAAGAAUAGCUUUUAAUAAUUAUUGCAAUGAUAGGAUUCUUUGUUAAUGACUUUUUGGACAAAAUUAGUUUCUUUAAAGCCAUGGGCUGUAGCCUGCAUUCCUUAGUCAUGCAGAACUCCUGUUCAAGUCAGGGUUCAGCCCUAAAGAUUAAGGUUUUCCCUCUUCAUGUACUGUUUAAUUCACAACUAAAAAUGCUGAUUGUACCACAAAUAAAAGUUGGAUAGAAACUGAUGUCCAAUAGCUUUUUUAAUACAAUAUAAAUUUUCUCCAAAGCAUAGUAACACAUUACAUAGGUUUAAACUAUAGAAAACAAGUGCUUGAAAAACGUGGCCAGAUGAAACUGGUUAAUUCUAAAACUUGACCAUUUAAAAACCAACUAACAUUUUUUGCAGUCCUCUACUGGACUUCUAAUUCAAUGAAGUGCAACCAAAGGUGGUUUUGUAUGCAAUCAAUGAGCCAAUUUGCACUUAAUAAUUUGUAUUAAAUGUUUUAUAAAAAUAACUAACACCCAUUUUACAGUGAGUGAAAACAGGCAUUUUAGCCUUAUCAUACACUACUUUUGUUGGUAGACACCUUAUCCUUCUACUCUUGGAAAUUGGCUUGUUGGUUUAGUCCCUGGAAGCUAAACACUGUACUGUUUGUAAUGUGGACAUGAUGGGUAGGAAUAAAUCAAUGCAAACUAA